AUGACUUCACGUUUAAUAAUCGUUCCAGUAUUACUUUUUAACAUACUUUUUGUAACGGCUACUACAAACGAAACGAGUGAAAUACCAAUUCAAGCUACUGAGGAAAGUGAACAGGUGAAGGAAUUAGAAAGCAUUGAUGAUCAGGCUUUUGUUACUGCUGAAGGAAUUGGCGCCAAUUUUGACGUAAAAGAUGAAUCAAAUAAUAUAUCGACAUUUGAGAAACCAGAGGAUAAUCCAGCAGAUGGAAAGCCGAAUGAGAAUCCAGCAGAUGAAAAGCCAAAUGAGAAUCCAGAAUCUGGAAAGCCAAAUGAGAAUCCAGAAA